AUGAGCUUUUUCAAGAAGCCCACGUGGGCAAUCAAUAAUACGGGGGAAACUGGCAGUGAUUUUUAUCGACGCUCAGAACAGACAUACUCUGACAUCAUUGCUGCGAACCGUGAAGCACACCAGAAGCAGCCGAAAGCACCAGAACCCUUAGAAGAUACUGGAGACGCUGAAGAUACCGAAGACACAAAACGAAAGAAACGUCCUCGACGUUCUGAAGAGAAGGGUAAAGGGCGCGCUGAUAGCAGUCCAGUGCGGAAUGUGACACGCGAGAUUGAUAGCGUUAGAAUUGCGCUACCAGAGCCCCAAGAGCUUUCGGGUUCCUCGCAUAAUUCCUCACCCGAGUCGACCAAAUCAGUCAAACAACGCGAGACAAUCCAAAUACGCAGCUCAGAAAACCGCGUGUCUCAUUCACCGCAGAAAGGCAGCGGUUCAGAAUCACUAGGUGCUCCACCGGUUCAACCGGUGAUUGUCCUGGCAGAUGACUCGGAAGCUCGAAGCCCUCCACCUCUCGAAGCUCCUCAGCCUAUUCAACCGCCGAAAGCUCCAGCGGAUGAUCCAGUCGUAAAAAUCAUGAUAUCCUCUGAAAUUGCAAACACCAAACCUUUACUUGUCCAUCGAAAGAUGUCACAGCGGCUAAGAGAUGUGCGGCUGGCAUGGUGCAAUCGCCAAAAUUUCGACCCGCAUAUACAAUCAUCGAUCUACCUCACCUGGAAGGGUCGGCGUCUAUUCGACGUGACAACCUGCAGGAGUCUAGGCAUAAAUACCGGGAAGAACUCUGGGAGAAUCUUUGGCAUUGAUGAUGAUGAGACUGCAGGUCCAGAGCUACGCAUACAUAUGGAAGCAGUUUCCGAUCUACCUCUUCCGGUCAAUCAGCCAGCUACACCACCUGAUGAUGAAAAGCCUCCUACAGUAUCGCAACCCCCAGAAGAUGACCAGGGUGAGCCAAUGAAACUUGUUCUGAGGAGUCUUGGAUACGACGAUUUCAGACUUAAAGCAAGACAAAAGACCGUUAUUUCGCGACUCAUAUCUGCUUUUCGAGAUAAGCAGAAGAUUCCUGCGGACCGAGAUAUCUUCCUCCUGUUUGAUGGAGACAAACUUGACCCCGACUCAUGUCUAGGCGACUAUGACAUUGACGAUCUAGAUCUGCUGGAUGUCCAGAUCAAAUAA